UUACUAAUAUUCCUUUAAUAUUAUAAUUAAUUAAUUCAUCUUCCUCUUUUAUUGCUCUGGAUCACAACUUACCUAAACACACUAUGCCUGACCUAUCUCAAUUUGUUUAAUCUCUUCAUUUGCAUAAUUGCAUCACACAUGCUUUCACCGAAUUUUCUUGCAACCAAACCCUUUUGUGUGUUGACCCUGCUUCCACCGUUUCUGUUCCUUCACCUCCCCUCUCUCUCUAUAUUUUCCUUUUUAAAAAAUCGAAAUAAUAAAAAAAAUAUGAAUGAAUAUGUCAAAAGUUAAGGUUGUCAUUGAGAUUAUUCCAGCUUGUGCUGAGCUAGAUUCUUGCUGAAGUGGAUUUGUUCUUCUCCUGUCAGUAUCUGUAUUAAAGUUUCUUUCAAAACCACAAAAAGGGGCCACUUCAGAUUUCUCUUAUUCUCCCGGGUUUGGUUCAUACUUGUUCUGCAACUUCUGCCGGAAACUAUAAGAGUAAUAACCAAGAAUCUUCCUACUUCCUAGGCUUCAAUUAGCUUCAAAGACAGAAAUUUUAGAAAGGAAAAAAACAUAUCCUUUCAUUUCUAGAUGCCAUAAUGACUGAUUAUUGGAGAAAUAUUGGUUUCUUUAUAUGUGUUUUAUCAAUCUUCCCCCUUGUAUGCUUCUGUGCCACCUUUGUUCCAGUAGAUAAUUAUCUUAUAGACUGUGGAGCAACUGCAAGUACUUCAGUAGGUACACGCAAUUUCAUAGCAGAUAACAACAAGGAUCUCCUUUCCACACAAGAAGAUAUUCUUGCCACUACCUCCUUAAAAUCAGUUACUUCUUCCUCCGAUGAUUUGCCUCUCUAUCAAACUGCAAGAGUCUUCACUGGAUCCUCAAAGUACACUUUUAAAAUUAAGCAGAAGGGGAGGCACUGGAUCCGUCUCUAUUUCUUUCCAUCCACUUAUGAAAAGUACAAUUUGAGUGCUGCAGAUUUCACUGUUUCCACCCAAAACCAUGUCCUUUUCAGAAGCCUCAACAUGCAGAAAGAUCCUGUGAUGAAGGAGUACUCAGUGAAUGUGACCUCAGACACCCUUGUUCUCACUUUUACCCCUUCAGGAAAUUCCACUGCUUUUGUGAAUGCCAUUGAAGUUGUUUCUGUCCCUGAUGACCUAAUUGUUGAUGAUGGUUUUGCCUUAGAUCCAUCAGUAACCUCUUCUGGGUUGGUGACACAAGCACUUGAGACAGUUUGGAGGGUUAACAUGGGAGGUCCUACUCUGACCCCUAUUAAUGACACCCUUCAAAGAACUUGGGUUCCAGAUCAAAGUUUCCUUUUGGAACCCAACCUUGCCUCAAAUUUUUCCAAUAUUAAGGGUGUUAAAUACGAGAACCGCGGGCAAGCAACAGAAAACACUGCUCCGCCUACCGUUUACGGGACUCUCACACAGAUGAAUUCAAGCAAUGAUCCCCGUAGUAUUUUCAAUGUGACAUGGCAGUUUGAUGUGAGUCCCGGAUUUCAGUACCUUGUUCGACUUCACUUCUGCGAUGUAGUCAGUAAAGCUCUCAAUGUACUCAUCUUCAAUGCUUAUGUAGACUCCAAGCUCGCUGCCUCCAGUGCUGAUCCCAGUACUACUAGCAAUAAUGCUUUGGGUGUUCCAUAUUAUAGGGAUCUGGUUACAGCCGUGGCAGUAAGCAAAACGCUUCGUGUAGGUAUUGGUCCUUCAGAUCUAAAUAAGGAUUACCCUAAUGCCAUUUUGAAUGGGCUGGAGAUCAUGAAAAUGAACAAUUCUAUGGGUAAUCUUAUACCAGGAGCAGGAUCUGUGGCUAUUACUUCUGGCUCAAGUUCUAAGAAAACUGGCAUGAUUGUGGGUGUGAGUGUUGGGGUGGUUGGUGCUGUUGUCUUGGCUGGACUUUUCUUUGUACUAUGCAGGAAAAGAAGAAGGUUGGUGCAAAGGCAGUCAAAGACAUGGGUUCCUCUAUCCAUAAAUGAUGGAACUACUUCUCAUACCAUGGGAAGUAAAUAUUCUAAUGGCACAACACUGAGUGCUGCUUCAAACUUUGAGUACCGUGUCCCUUUUGUGGCGGUUCAGGAGGCUACAAAUAAUUUCGAUGAGAGUUGGGUUAUUGGGAUAGGUGGUUUUGGAAAAGUGUACAAGGGAGAGUUGAGUGAUGGCACAAAAGUGGCAGUUAAGAGGGGGAAUCCACGGUCCCAGCAGGGUCUUGCAGAAUUCCGAACUGAAAUUGAAAUGCUGUCUCAGUUCCGUCAUCGCCAUCUGGUGUCUUUGAUUGGUUAUUGUGAUGAAAGAAAUGAAAUGAUCUUGAUAUAUGAAUAUAUGGAGAAGGGAACUCUCAAGGGUCAUUUAUAUGGUUCAGGUCUGCCAAGCUUAAGCUGGAAGGAGAGGCUUGAAAUAUGCAUUGGAUCAGCUAGAGGGCUUCAUUACCUUCACACUGGCUAUGCUAAAGCUGUCAUUCAUCGCGAUGUGAAGUCUGCAAAUAUCCUACUUGAUGAGAACCUAAUGGCUAAAGUUGCUGAUUUUGGAUUAUCAAAGACGGGGCCUGAAAUCGACCAGACACAUGUGAGCACAGCUGUCAAAGGUAGUUUUGGGUACCUUGAUCCGGAGUAUUUCAGGAGGCAACAACUAACAGAAAAGUCAGAUGUGUAUUCAUUUGGGGUAGUUCUGUUUGAAGUUCUUUGCGCAAGGCCCGUCAUAGAUCCAACACUUCCUAGAGAAAUGGUAAACUUGGCGGAAUGGGCGUUGAAAUGGCAGAAGAAAGGACAGUUGGAGCAAAUCAUAGAUCAAACACUUGCAGGCAAAAUCAGACCAGAUUCUCUGAGGAAGUUUGGAGAAACUGCUGAGAAAUGCUUGGCUGACUAUGGUGUGGACAGGCCUUCUAUGGGAGAUGUCUUGUGGAAUUUGGAGUAUGCUCUCCAACUUCAAGAGGCAGUGGUUCAAGGCGACCCUGAAGAAAACAGCACCAAUAUGAUUGGUGAACUCUCUCCUCAGGUCAACAAUUUCAACCAGGAUGCAAGUGCUUCGGUUACACAAUUUGCAGGCUCAGGCCUCGAUGAUCUGUCUGGUGUUUCUAUGAGUAGGGUGUUCUCACAGUUGGUGAAGUCUGAGGGUAGAUAGAUGGUUCUGGAUAUCCUAUCUUAUAAAUUCUGUGUGACAGUACUCUUCUGUUAUAAUUUUUUCUUCUGAUCACUAGCUCUCCGCCACGACUUGGAAGAUUAGAAACUUCAUAUCAUAGAUUUGUAAAGAAAGAUUUGAGUUAAUGAAACAUAUAUGUUUGCUUAAUUGGUAAUCAGAGCAUCUACUUGUUAAAACUCUGGCUUCUCGAGUUCGAAUUGAACUAUCUUGAAAAACCAGUGUAAGUUAUGCAACCACCCAGGUGUACCUUAUCAGCUGGAGAAAUACCUGAAUCAGCAAGUGUGGCAAAGUUCUCUGAUUAAACUGCCAUAUAGAGUUGGGUUAGAUGUUUUGGUUUUAUAUCUCUUAUACUUAUUUGUGACCAGAGAGGGUAUUGUAGGAGUGGGUUUUAGCCUUUUAGGCAACUGGCGGGCAUGGAGUUUCUCUGAAAUAAUACGGCACAUGUAUUUGCAUUUGUUACUGUGCAUUUGGUGUUAAUACGAGUUGCAUGGUUUGUUAUAUUCUCGGUCAUUUAUUUCCUCCACUCUAUUUCUGAUGUACUUGCUGUUAAUACAAGCUACAUGGUUUAUCAUAUAUUCAGUCAUUUAUUUCCUCAC